AUGGCGCUCCUGAGGUCAGGCUGGCUGUGGAGACAAACCUCGGUCCUAAAGCGCUGGAAGUUAAACUGGUGUGACCUGUGGAUAGACGGGAGCCUCUGCUUCUACAAGACUGACAGCAGGCGAGACUUGGAGCACCGCGUCAGCCUCAAGACAGCGUGUGUGGACGUGAGAUCGGGCCUGGAAUGUCGAGGAGUGGCUCCACCAGAGAGUAACCCCAGGGAGAAUCUCAUCGUGGUUCAGCUCACAAGCGGCUCAACAGUCAACCUGUGUGCUAACAGUGAGGAUGAAUCCAUAGCGUGGAAACUGACUCUGCUAGACACCAGGAGAAACCCGUUGUUCACAUACGACCCAUAUGACGACUCCUACCAAGCUGUCCCCAUCAACAGCUACCAUACGGUCUACAUCACACCUGGAGCAGGACCAGGAACCCACCAGGUGGUCGUUCAGAGGGACCCAUUUGAUGGAGUCUUCGAGCACCUAGCACUGGGAUUACUGGCAGGCAUGGCAGCAGGGACAGCCAUGAGAUCCUUCCUCUGGAUGCCCUUCUUGUUCUGCUGA